AUGAGGAUACUGGUAGCUGUAGCAACGGUCGUGCUGAUGGCAGGAAGCUGCCUGGCAAGUCAGGACUUCCUCUCCAAAUCUCUCAACGAGUGCAUCGCAGCUGACUCGUGGAUGUCAUGCUUGAAACGUGAAGUUCUCGGAUACUUGGACGACAAACUUGGAACGAAUACCGGAGCCAGGUCGUUGGAUACGUUGGACGAAGCUAUCGUGGCGAGGACUUUUAAAUAUUUCAAGAGAUUCGAUUACGGAGUUGAUCUACCGUUCGUGGACGCUAGACUGAAGUACAGACCUAACAGGAGUUUGGCUGAUUUAGACCUCGAGUUUAAAGGGAACGAAGUUGCUACCAGCCAAGCUAGAGGAAUUCUGAAGAAGAAGUUGCUGUUGCCGUUCUUGUUGCUGUUGAAGUUGAAACUGAAGGCUCUCAUGCCUAUAUUCGUGGCUAUCAUUGGACUGAAGGCGCUGAAGGCUCUGGUGCUCUCGAAACUCGCGGUACUUCUCGUUGUCGGGUUCGUCGCUGUGCAGCUAUUUAAGAAGGGUGGAAUGAUGAUGCCAAUGGGAAUGUCGAUGGACCCGGCUUCGCCGGCGUACGGAGCUCCACCAAUGGCCUCGACGACGUCGAGCUACGAUCCGGCGAACACGUGGGACGGAAACGGCCCUUACUCCCGCGUCUGGACGCCAACGAACGGUGUGGAAGCCCAGAAUCUCGCCUACUCUUACUACUCGCCAGGCAGCGGCUCGAACUCGUACAGCCCCUCAUCCUCCUCCUCGUCUUCCUCGUCGGCAAUCAAUUCAGGCAGCUCGACGAACUAUUAA